AUGCUGUUAGCCAACAGCAACAGCAGCAGCAACACCUGCAGCAGCAGCAGCAGCAGCAGCAGCAGCAGCAGCAGCAAGUUGCGUGUCUGGGGGGAGCUGUCCGGGCAGCUGCAGCAGCAGCAGCAGCUGCAGCAGCAGCAGCAGCAGCAGCAGCAGCAGCGGCUGGCUCUGUGUGCUGCGGCCAGAGCUGAGUGUCUCCUCUCCCCAACCGCAGCAGCAGCAGCAGCAGCAGCAGCAACAGCAGCAGCAGCAGCAGCAGCAGCAACAGCAGCAGCAGCGAUGACAACACUACAGGGGGAGUUUGCUGCUGCUGCUGCUCUGCCGAAGCAAAACGGAUGGGCUGAGUUGCUGUCUCGUUUGGGGGCCCCCGAGGAGGGGCCCCCCCCGCUGCUGCAGCGUACCCGUGCAGCAGCAGUUGCUGCUCGUGCUGCAGUAUUAGGUUUUGACGGUUUAGGUGCCUCCUCAGCAGCAGCAGCAGCAGGUGCUGCUGCAGCAGCUGGGGGUGGGGGUGGGGGGAGUGCUGCUGCUGCUGAUCCUGCAGCGGCAGCAGUGGGGGUGGGGGUGGGGGGAGUGCUGCUGCUGCUGAUCCUGCAGCGGCAGCAGCAGCGCAGCUGCAGCACCUGCAUGCGCGGCAGUGCAGCAGCUGGGGGUGGGGGUGGGGGGAGUGCUGCUGCUGCUGAUCCUGCAGCGGCAGCAGCAGCGCAGCAGCAGCAGCAGCAGCAGCAGCAGCAAGAGUGGUUUAUUGGGCUAGAAGGCAGCAGCAGUGGUGUCGAUGUUGCUGCUUUUCGCUCUCUUAGGCGUUUAUAUAAAACAGCAGCAGCAGCAGCAAUCAGCAACGCAGCAGCAGCACAGCAGCAGCUUCUUGCUGCUGUUGAAAUAGAGAGAGACCUCAGCAGCUGGGCAGCAGCAAAAGCAGCACUCAUGCAGCAGCUAGACUUGCCUGCAGCAGCAGCAGACUCUCUCGCUGCGCAUGCAGAGGGGGCCCCCCUGGGGGGGGCCCCCCUCGGGGGGGGCCCCCUGGGGGCCCCCCUGGGGGGCCCCCCUGAGGGUACACAGGGGCCCCUGAAACCCCACCCGCUGCUGACGGCGCCAGAGGAGCAGCUGCUGUAUGCGUUGCCUGCUGUGCGUGUGCUGCAGCAGCAGGAGGAUGGGAGGGGUUUGGCUUUGCUGCUGCAGCAGCUGCCUGCUGCAGCAGCAGCAGCUGCUGCUGCUGCUGCUGCUGUAAGACAAGAGAAAGCUGCAACUGCAGCAGCAACAGCAGCAGCAGCAGCAGCAGCAGCAGCAACAAAUGGUGUAUCUGUAAAAGCUUCUGCUUUCGAUAGCUGGGGUGUAUGGACACCAGAGCAGCAGCAACACUGCAGCAGCUGGCUGCGGCUGCUGCUGCGGCUGCUGCGGUGUGUUGAGGCUUGGAGAGAGGGGGCCCCCCAGGGUACAGCAGGGGGGCCCCCCAAGGAGACAGGGGGGGGGCCCCCCCCCCCGCUGCUGCGUCUGUAUAUAUGUGCUGCUGUUGCUGCACUAGAAGAGGACAGACGGCUUGCUGCGGGGGCCCCUGAUUUGCUGCUGCAGGCAGCAACAGCAGCAGCAGCAGCAGCAGCAGCAGCAGGAGCAGCAGCAGGAGGAGGAGAUGCAGAGCAGCACUUGUGCUGCAGCACAGAUCUGCUGCUGCCGUGGCUGCAGCUAGCAGCAGCAGAAGAGACAGCUGCGGUGUCUCCUCAGGGGCCCCCCAGCAGCUUGUGGUGGUCUGCUGUAUACUUAGCCUUCAGGAGCGGAGACCUGCUCUGUCUCCUCAGUUUGGGGGCUGGUGCUGCGUUGCCUUCUGGCUGCUGCAGUUUCUCUGCUGCAGCAGCUGCUGCGAUAGCUGCAGCAGCAGCGGAUCCAUCUGCUGCAGUGCAACAGCAGCAGCAGCAGCAGCAGCAGCAGCAGCAGCAGCCUGUGUGUCAGCAGCAGCAGCAGCAGCAACAGCAGCAGCAGCAACAGCAGCAGCAGCAGCAACUGAAACUAGUAACAGCUGCAUCCAAUACUAAAAUAACAGCAGCAGCAGCAGCAGCAGCAGCAGCAGCAGCAGAAGCAGCAGCAGCAGCAGGAGUAGUACAAGUAACGCAGGAGGAUUUCCUUCACUACAGGUUGAUGCUGCUGUUGACUCAAGACCGGCAGCAGCAGCAACGGGAGCAGCAGGAGCAGCAACAGCAGCAGCAGCAGCAGCAGCAGCAGCAGCGGCGGCCAUUUGGUUGUUUAGAGUCUGCUGCUCUGCUGCACCUAUCAGCAGCAGCACUAACAGCAGCAGCAGAAGCAGCAAGCAGCAGCGGUAUAUUCUCUGCUGCUGCUGGGUUUCCAGCAGCAGCAAUAGCAGCAACAGCAGCAGCAGCAGCAGCAGGAAGAGGAGGAGCAGCAGCAGGGGGAAAGGGGGGGGGGGCCCCCUGGGUAGAUGAAGGGUGGGCACUGCAGCAGCAGCAGCGGGGGGCCCCCUGCGAGGCCCCCCUCAUAGAUAGCUGGGUUUCUGGUGUUGCUGCUGCAGUAUACAGCAGUGUGGGGUGCGGAGACAGCUCAGCAGCAGACAUAGCUUACUGUCUCCUUUUUGCUGCUCCUCUCUCGCACCCCACACACUACACCCCACACCACCAACUCCAACCCCACACACGAUCCCACACACGAUCCCAGCUCCACACACUCAUACUCACCGCCAUACAUACGGGCCUCAUAGGCACAGACCCCAUACCCAAGCUCUUCUCUCUAAGUCUGCUGCCUCUGUUUUUUUCUGUGCCUUUGCUGCCUGUGGUGGUGCGGGAGAGCUACGAGGCCCUGAGGGCCCCCGGGGUGCUGCUGGGGGAGGGAGAGAGCGAGCUUUCUCCUGGUGUCUUGGAGUUGCUGCUGCUGCAGCAGGUGGAGACACCGCAGCAGCUGCACAGGCAGCAGCAGCAGCGCUUCUCAGCAGACUUCAGCAGCAGCAGCAGCAGCAGCAGCAGCAGCAGCAGCAGCAGCAGCAGCAGCAGCAGGGAGAGGUUACUCAAGUAUAAACUCGAAGACCAGCUCAGACAACAGCAGCAGCAGCAGCAGCAGCAGCAGCAGCACGAGUGA